AAGAUAGAUAGGGAUGGUGACGCGAAAUAAUCUGAACGACGUAGUCAUGACCCAAGGACAUCCACGAAAACUGCUAGCAGCAGAAACAUGACUUGCCGCCUCCAUGGUCCCCAGUGUCUACCUGUACUACUACUUGUUGCUGUUGUGUAUCCGGCUGUUGUGUAUUGGAGCUCUCUGGAAGAUCAUCAAAAUAUUCGUCAGGUACCAUGUCCUUGUCCGGGCCAGGGUCAUCUGCUGCAGCAUUACGCUCCUUACCCUUCGCGAAAGGAACAUCGACGACGGAUGGCGCUGCAUGGUCGGACCGCCAAGUGAAUAGGUAUUUUAGCUGAGCCUUGAUGUUGG